AUGGCGCCCACUCCCUCCACACCCGCGGCAUCUGAAACCCCCCAGGCUUCUACUUUGGAUGGCAUCGGAGACGAACUCCACACCAUAGCGGCCUCCAUGGCCACGAAAGCCGACCUCCUGGUGCUUACAACAACCAUCCAGGACGCCCUCCGGGCCGAAAUGGCUGGACUCCGGUCGGAG